AACUAAAAGAAAAAAUCGGGUGGUACGGAGAUCGUGCGUGCUGGUUCUCGCCUCUCUCUCUCCCCUUCCCUCCCUCUACAGAUAGAGAAAGCGAAAGAAAAACAUAAAGCUAACAAAUCGUCAACUCUGUAAUGUAUUAUCAAACGAAGAAAUACUUCAUAUAUACAUUCCCCUAACCCUUACCUUUCUCUCACUAAAACCAUGGGAUUUUGGAAGUUUUACUGUACUAUUAUUACCAGUUAGUAGUGCUCAGAUCUGAAGUUGAAGCUCUUGACUCGAUCUCGUUCCUGUUCUAACUACUCCCAAACUUCGGCAUUGCAUUUCUGUACGAAAAUAGGUAUUAUUGGGAGUGAAGCAUUUUAGUUGUACAGACAUGGCAAAAUCUAGGAUGCACUUUGCGGCGCAAGACGUAUUAACAUCAUCUCCCUCAGCAAUAAGGUCAAAGGAAUGGGAGGGUCCAACAAGGUGGAAUGAAUACUUAGGUCCAGAAAUGGCCCCUAGAUUAAAUGGUGGAGACGGUGCUACAAGCCAGAGCUCAAGCGGGUCAUCACAUAAGGGUUUGAACAUGCAAUGGUUGUACCAGCUCACGCAAGUAGCCGAAGGACUGAUGGUGAAAAUGUAUAGACUAAAUCAAAUUUUGGAUUACCCUGAUUUAGUCAGUCAUAUCUACUCAGAAGCAUUUUGGAAAUCAGGCGUGUUCCCUAACCAUCCCAAAAUUUGUAUUUUACUCGUGAAGAAGUUUCCUGAACAUCACAGCAAGUUACAGCUAGAACGGGUUGAUAAAUUUGCUUUGGAUGCUAUGGUGGAUAGUGCAGAAGUUCAUAUACAAAGCUUGGAACCAUGGAUUCAACUGCUCCUUGACCUGAUGGCAUUUCGAGAGCAAGCUUUGCGGCUCAUAUUGGAUUUAAGCAGCACUGUUAUUACCUUGCUGCCCCACCAAAAUUCUCUCAUACUACAUGCCUUUAUGGACCUCUUUUGCUCCUUUGUUCGUGUUAAUCUAUUUUCUGAGAAGGUACCAAGAAAAAUGAUGUUGCAAACCUACAAUAUGUUGCAUGCUAUGGCAAGAAAUGACCGAGAUUGUGAUUUUUACCACCGAUUAAUUCAAUUUGUGGAUUCCUAUGAUCCACCAUUAAAGGGGUUACAGGAAGAUCUUAAUUUUGUCAGCCCUCGAAUUGGAGAGGUGUUGGAGGCUGUGGGUCCUGUUGUAUUUUUAUCUACUGAUACAAGGAAGCUAAGAAAUGAGGGUUUUCUGAGCCCUUUUCAUCCUCGAUAUCCUGACAUACUUACCAACUCGGCACAUCCAAUGAGGGCUCAAGACUUGGCAAAUGUUACUUGCUAUAGAGAAUGGGUGUUAUUUGGAUAUCUUGUGUGCCCUGAUGAGCUUCUUAGGGUCACAAGCAUCGACAUUGCUUUGGUUGUGCUGAAGGAAAACCUAGUUCUUACAUUAUUUAGGGAUGAGUAUAUAUUAUUGCAUGAGGAUUAUCAGUUGUAUGUUUUACCACGGAUAUUGGAAUCAAAGAAGAUGGCGAAGUAUGGGCGGACAAAGCAAAAGGAAGCAGAUCUGGAGUAUAGUGUUGCAAAGCAGGUGGAGAGAAUGAUAAGUGAAGUUCAUGAGCAAGCAUUAUUUUCAUGUGAUGCCAUACACCGUGAAAGGAGAAUUUUACUGAAGCAAGAGAUUGGAAGGAUGGUGCUCUUCUUCACUGAUCAGCCAAGUUUAAUAGCUCCAAAUAUUCAGGUAUAUUGUAUGCAUGUUUAUCUGCACGUGUAAUCUGAAUCUGAUUGA